CUACAACAUUGUUCACAGCCCAGUUGCAAUCUAAUCGUUGGGAACCUGUGAUUGCUAUCCAUUGCAAUAUUGCAAAGCCACCAACUGAAAAAGUUGAAUUCUUUCAAUGGCUGUGACUUCGUGCUUGAGGCUGCCGCUUCCUGUUAGAGCCACGCAAGAUUCAGGGAUAUAUGGAACUGGAACCAGUUCUGUCAAGCAGGAGAUUCUUGGGAUACAUGACUUUUUCCACCCUCUUUCUACUGCUAGACAUCACCAUUUGAAAACUAGAGCUGCACCAAGUAAUCAAAACCCAAAACCAAAAAGCGUCAUCUGUGCUGACUGUGAUGGAAAUGGUGCAGUUCUAUGCUCACAGUGUAAAGGUAGUGGAGUGAACUCCGUUGAUCUCUUUAAUGGGCAGUUUAAAGCUGGAGACUCCUGUUGGCUUUGUGGAGGAAAGAAGGACAUCCUAUGUGGGAAUUGCAAUGGAGCUGGCUUUAUUGGUGGUUUUAUGAGCACAUUUGAUGAGUAGAAAUGAUUAUGUGAUGAAGCAUACCUGGCUAGAAGUUGUUGAUCACUGAAUGUGAGCAAUUAAGUUUCAACUUUCAUGCAUUGAAAUGUGCAUAUGUAUAAUGAGAUAAAUUUUAACAUAUAUCAUUCUAUACUGAGAUCUAUACUCUCAAUUUGUUUGCUUCAGAUUUUUCAAGGUUUCUUGAGAUUACUGAUACAA